AUGGGGCUUGAGCUGGACGAGACAUUCUUGGAGGAUGACGACUUGACAGUGAUCACAGGUAUUAGCCCAGGAAAGGUUUAUACAGUGGCUACAACUCGUUUCAACCCUAUCGACAUCAAAGAUCUUAAAGGCGCCCGCAUUCGGCGCAGUUUUCUGUAUCAACCAUACAUCAAGCGCCAUAUGUAUCUUACAUAUGCGACGAACAAAGAAGAGCAAAGCUCUUCGACUUUUAUCACAGCAAGGCCAACCUCAAGAACCAAUGAGGGGUUCCACAAGGCCCAACAACCAACGUACGAUUACGGCGUUAAAGGCAUCUUGCGAUUGGCUGAAAGGAGCGAGGGCAAGGAUGGCUCAAAAGAAGUCAUAUUUGCGAUUGGAUUUAGGUCAUUCAACGUUAAGACAGGUCUCCCAGGAGCUAGCUUGGGACAAGAGCAAUAA